UAAUACAUUUGUUAGUCUUUAAGUUGCUGUUAGACAUUCUGUUGGGUUUGUAGCAGCACAGUAACACAGCCUCCCCCUUCUGGAAAUCCUACUGGAAAGGUGAUCAAGUGUCCUUGGGCCUGGACCCGAGACAAAGGUUUCACUAACAAGUUAUGAGAAUGAACCUGUGUUUCCAGAUCAAGAGCAUUGCAGGGUUUUUAUUAAUUCUGGAUUUUCAGCAAGCUGGGACAAAGGCACAACCACGGCGGGUAGUUCAAGGGCCUGAUUGCACAGCAAUAUUUGCUGCCAAUGCAUCUCUCUCCAGCGGAACUUACUGGAUCAAACCAAAGCAUUUUCAUAAGCCUUUUGAGGUAUUCUGUGAAAGAAGAUACGACGGUGGAUGGACUGUUAUCCAGCGACGCGAUGGAAAAGGGGUAUAUGGUGGACCUGAGAACUUUCUGAGGUGGAUGUCUGAAUAUGAAAAAGGAUUUGGGCAUGUUGAUUUUGAACAUUGGCUAGGGCUUGUCUACAUUCAUGCUCUGACCCACCAGAGAGACAAAAAAUGUGAGCUCCGAGUGGACCUGAGAAACUGCAAAGGGAAGAAGGGCUAUGCUGUAUACAAGACCUUUGAAAUUGGCAACGAAGAUAAAAAAUACCGCCUUUCUUUGGGGGAAUACAGUGGGAAUGUGGGAGAUGCAUUCAGAGGCCGUGAACCCUCUGAGAGUCAAGAUGGCCAUUUCUUCAGUGCAGUUGAUAGUGACAAUGACGACUGUGGCCCAUGUUUUAAGGGCGAUGAGGCAUUCAACAGCUGCGCUGGCGAGCUCUACGGUUCUGGGUGGUGGUUCAGUAACUGCGGCAUGGCGGAUCUCAACGGGAUGUGGCAUCCCAAACACAGCUGUAGAGGUUGGGUAUCUGGCGUGUACUGGAAAACAUGGAGUAAUACUGAUUCACUGCUAUUUAGUGAACUCAAGAUAAAAUGUACUUAGCUGUAACAAUGUCAGACUCUCCAGCCUGAGGUGGCUUGAGAGUUCAUUUCCCUUUCUGCAGCAAUUUUAGUACAAAACCAUCCCUGUGUUACUAUGAAUGUCAACUGCUUAAUAGCAAAUCUGACUGAUCUAAGAAAUGAAGUUUCUGCUAAUUGUUGAAGUCUUUCUAGUUUUUCAGUAGACAUAAUCCCCUUCCCCUCCCUUUUUGCCGAAACCAUUUUCAGUAAAAAGGAACAUAUAUUUUAGUGCAGUCAUAAUCCUAGGCGUACUUCUACUGUUCCCUGUAGAACAAAUUAGCUAGGAACCCACCCAUAUUUCCAUCAAACCCCAGCGCAGAGAAGAGAGGGGAUGAAAAGGAGGGAAGUAAAAUUAAAGGCCUUGCUUAGUAACAGGCAAGACAGUAGUGGUGUUUUAUUGCUGUUGCUUGAUAUCUGCUCAGCUUUGUAUGCUUUGCCUAGCUGAAUGGAGGCUGCAAAAUCCUUGCCUACUGCUCUAGACAGAAAAAAGUGUGUUGCUACCAAAGCUGGGAGACUUUAGAAUUUGGGUUUUACAACUAAAUAGGCUGGAGGAAUUUAGGAGACAAUGUCAUUAACUCUAAUUGCUGUUGUCAAUGCAAUGAUUAGUGCAUUCCAUUAAACCAUGAAUUGGUUUAUGCAAUGCAAUUUCUAUCACAGUCCUUAGUUGCUUUAUUUCCAUCAAUUUUCAGAAUAUGCAAUUUGCUUUUUUUUCCAGAUUUCGUAAAGCCGUUAAGCUUUGUACACCAAUAAACCGAUUGAUUCAUUCCAGUUAUAA